AUGGGUACCGGAAAGAAGGAAGCCACUCGUAGAGAGCGGCAGGGGAAGACUGGAGAUGGCAUGGGAAAUGUUCGCACCAAGGGUGAAAACUUCUACAGAGAUGCGAAGAAGGUGAAACAUUUGAAUAUGUUGAAGGAUGGAAAGCCUCGACGUAACGCUGAGGGAAAGAUCACUGUGGCUGCUUCAUACCAAUCUCGUGAAGCUCCGGUCGCUAGAAUAGAGCCCAACCGUAAAUGGUUUGGCAACACGAGAGUGAUUUCCCAGGAGGCUCUGUCGUCUUUCCGCGAGGCGGUUGCCGAACGUGCUUCCGACCCCUAUUCAGUCUUGCUCAAGACCAACAAGCUUCCCAUGAGCCUGAUCAGAGAUGAUAAGGGCGCCAAUGGAUUGAAGCAGCAUGAGGCCAAGAUGGCUAUUGAGAAUUCUCCUUUCAGUGAUACCUUUGGGCCCAAGGCGCAGAGGAAGCGCGUCAAGAUGGGGGUUGCCUCUUUGGAGGACCUGGCCGGCGAAACCGUCAAGAUGCACGACGCUUACGUCGAGAAGACAGACCAUGCUACUCAUGAAGAUGGUACUUUGGUUGUCAACGGUGAUGAUGUUGCAAAGGAUGACAACUCCGGCCUGGCAACCACCGCUGUUGAGUCUGUCUUCUCCAAGGGUCAGAGCAAGCGUAUCUGGAAUGAGCUUUACAAGGUCAUCGAUUCAUCCGAUGUGGUACUUCAUUUACUUGACGCUCGUGAUCCCGAUGGUACACGCUGCAGGAGUAUCGAGAAGUACAUCCGUGAAGAGGCACCUCACAAGCACUUGAUUUUCGUCCUGAACAAGUGUGAUCUUGUUCCCACAGGUGUAGCGGCUGCUUGGGUACGACACUUGUCGAAAGACUAUCCUACUCUAGCUUUCCACGCCUCGAUCACCAACUCUUUUGGUAAAGGUUCUUUGAUCCAACUUCUAAGACAGUUCUCCUCCUUGCAUUCCGACCGCAAGCAGAUUUCUGUCGGUUUGAUUGGAUAUCCAAACACUGGAAAAUCUUCAGUCAUCAACACUUUGCGGAAGAAGAAAGUGUGUACCGUGGCCCCAAUUCCUGGAGAGACCAAGGUCUGGCAGUACGUUACCUUGAUGAAGCGGAUCUACCUCAUCGAUUGUCCUGGUGUGGUACCAGCCAGCUCGAACGCCACUCCCGAAGAUAUCCUUCUUCGAGGUGUGGUUCGAGUGGAGAACGUAGAGAAUCCCGAGCAGUACAUCCCGGCCGUUCUCAAGCGAGUGCAGCCCAAACACUUGGAGCGUACAUACGGCAUCAAGAAUGUCGAGGAUCCUAUCGAGUUCCUCAGUAUCCUCGCUCGCAAGGGUGGUCGUUUGCUCCGUGGAGGAGAACCUGACCUCGAUGGUGUCGCCAAGAUGGUCAUCAACGAUUUCCUCCGAGGAAAGAUUCCCUGGUUCACUCCCCCGCCUCACAAUGCCGGUGGGGAGGACGAGGCGAUCGAGGGUCGUGCUGGUCGGCUCGGAGAAAUGAGUCGGAAGCGCAAGCUCGACGACACUACCUCCGAAAAGCCAGAGGACUCUAAGAAGGCGUCGAAAGCGAAGGCUUCUGAAACUGACAACGACGAAUUCGAGGGCUUCGAGAGCGACGACGACGAUGACUCGAUCGCGAACCUUGAAAUCAGCGAUGAGGAAAGUGGCGAAGAAGACGAUUAA